UGAAGUAUGAAAGUGAGUGACACACUAUACAGUAGCACUUGCGGUAAUUUGUUAGCUGUCUGAGUAUAUGUGAUCAUUUUGCUAACGGCUGGCUUUAUGUCCCGAUUUUACAGGAAAGAUAGAAUGAGAUUAGAACUUCCACCUACAACCCCGCCUCAUCCAUUCUGGAUCUAAAUCUGAGCAGACAAACAAGAGUUAACAAACAGCUUGCUCAAUCUGCAGCGUAACCCAAUAAGAAAUAUAUUAGCUUGGACAUUGUACUCUAUCCUUUCCGGCCCAGGCACCAGUGUGUUUGAGGGGGGAGCAGCUGUACAAGUGACAGUGUUGCACAGUCACUAUGAACAAUGGCCCAGCUAUACUACAAAAAGGUAAACUAUUCACCGUACAGAGACCGGAUCCCAUUGCAGAUCGUGCGAGCAGAGGCAGAGCUCUCGCAGGAAGAGAAGGCCUAUCUCAUUGCUGUGGAGAAGGGGGACUAUGCCAGUGUGAAACAUGCCUUACAAGAGGCUGAAAUCUACUACAACAUCAACAUUAACUGUAUGGAUCCUCUCGGACGCAGUGCCCUUUUAAUAGCCAUAGAGAAUGAAAACCUGGAGAUCAUGGAGUUACUGCUGAGCCACAGUAUUUACGUGGGAGAUGCUCUUUUGUAUGCAAUACGGAAGGAGGUGGUUGGGGCCGUGGAGCUGCUUCUGAGUUACAGGAAGCCAAGUGGUGAAAAGCAGGUCCCUACCUUGAUGAUGGACACCCAGUUUUCAGAAUUCACCCCUGAUAUCACCCCAAUAAUGUUGGCAGCCCACACCAACAACUACGAAAUCAUCAAACUGCUUGUCCAAAGACGGGUAACAAUACCGCGCCCCCACCAGAUCAGAUGCAACUGUGUGGAAUGUGUCUCCAGUUCUGAGGUGGACAGCCUGAGGCAUUCCAGGUCGAGGCUGAAUAUCUACAAAGCCUUAGCCAGCCCUUCGUUGAUUGCCUUAUCGAGUGAGGACCCUAUUUUGACAGCCUUCCGGCUGGGCUGGGAACUGAAGGAGCUCAGCAAAGUGGAGAAUGAGUUCAAGGCUGAAUACGAAGAGCUUUCCCAGCAGUGCAAACGUUUUGCUAAGGACCUUUUGGACCAGGCACGGAGCUCCAGGGAACUGGAGAUCAUUCUCAACCACAGGGAUGAUCAGAGCGAGGAGCUGGAUCCCCAAAAAUGUCAUGACUUGGCAAAGUUAAAGGUAGCAAUAAAGUAUCAUCAGAAAGAGUUUGUUGCUCAGCCAAACUGCCAGCAGCUGUUAGCUACACUUUGGUAUGACGGCUUUCCAGGAUGGAGGCGGAAACACUGGGCAGUCAAGCUCUUGACCUGCAUCACCAUUGGACUGCUAUUUCCUGUGCUUUCUGUGGCAUAUUUAAUUGCACCUAAGAGCAGGCUGGGACUGUUCAUUAAAAAGCCAUUUAUAAAGUUUAUCUGCCACACCGGUUCUUACCUAACCUUCCUCUUCAUGCUACUUCUGGCAUCGCAGCACAUUGUCAGGACUGAUCUCCAUGUGCAGGGACCACCUCCCACUAUCGUUGAAUGGAUGAUCCUACCCUGGGUUCUAGGUUUUAUUUGGGGAGAAAUCAAGGAGAUGUGGGAUGGUGGAUUCAAUGAGUAUGUACAUGACUGGUGGAAUCUGAUGGACUUUGCAAUGAACUCGCUCUAUCUUGCAACUAUCUCCCUGAAAAUUGUCGCUUAUGUCAAGUAUAAUGGUUCUCGUCCAAGGGAGGAAUGGGAAAUGUGGCACCCGACGCUCAUUGCAGAAGCUCUCUUUGCAAUAUCCAACAUUUUAAGUUCCUUGCGUCUCAUAUCUCUGUUUACAGCAAAUUCCCACCUGGGCCCCUUGCAGAUCUCUCUGGGACGCAUGCUGCUAGACAUCCUCAAAUUCCUUUUUAUCUACUGUCUGGUGCUUCUGGCUUUUGCCAAUGGACUGAACCAGCUUUAUUUUUAUUAUGAGACCAGUGCCUCAGAGGAACCCAACAACUGCAAGGGGAUCCGAUGCGAGAAACAGAACAAUGCCUUCUCCACACUUUUUGAGACCCUCCAGUCACUCUUCUGGUCCGUGUUUGGUCUGUUGAAUCUCUACGUCACCAAUGUGAAGGCUAGGCACGAGUUCACGGAGUUUGUCGGGGCCACCAUGUUCGGAACGUACAAUGUCAUCUCCCUGGUCGUGCUGCUGAACAUGCUCAUAGCCAUGAUGAACAACUCCUACCAGCUCAUCGCUGACCACGCGGACAUUGAGUGGAAGUUUGCCCGGACAAAGCUGUGGAUGAGUUACUUUGAUGAAGGUGGCACUCUGCCACCUCCAUUUAAUAUUAUCCCAAGUCCCAAGUCAAUCUGGUACCUUUGCAAGUGGAUCCACAAGCAACUGUGCCCAGACAUGGACUCUGAGGAUGAACAGAAGAGGCAUGAAAACCUAAAAACAUUCACAGAACGGCACGCUGACAACCUGAUUCAGAAUCAACAUUACCAGGAAGUGAUCAGAAAUCUAGUGAAAAGAUAUGUUGCAGCAAUGAUACGAAAUUCCAAAACCAACGAGGGAUUAACUGAAGAAAAUUUUAAGGAAUUAAAGCAGGACAUAUCUAGCUUUCGCUAUGAAGUCCUUGACCUCUUGGGAAACAGGAAACCCCAGAGGAGAAGUUAUUCUACUAGCAGCACAGAGGUCUCCCAAAAGGAUGAAAACAACGAGGAUGGUUCUGGAGAAAAAGCUAAAGCCAAGAGUGUUUCUUUCAAUAUAGCCAACAAGAAAAAAGAUUUCAAUGUGUCCGCUCUGAUUAAAACUAUGUCGGGGAUCGAAAUUGUGGAAGAGAAGCCAAAAAGCAACGGAAUAAAUAAGCGCUCUUUCGUCCGAAACGGGAAUAGGGUUCAGAGGCUUUCGAGCUCCAAGAAAGAGUCUUUCAAGAGGCUGGGUCUCCUAUUCUCUAAGAUGAAUGGCCAUGUGCCUGAACCAAAUUCAGAGCCUAUGUACACUAUUUCAGACGGAGUUAUUCAGCCGCAUUACAUGUGGCAAGACAUGAAAUAUUCUCAGAUCAAAAAAGAGAGAGAAGAGAACUGUUCCAAAAGUGAAAUUAACCUCAAUGAGGUGGACUACAGUGGGAAUAUGAGACUUACAGGACAGAGCAAGGAAUGCCCUAUGGUUUGUACCAGCUCUCUUCACUGUGCUUCCAAUAUUUCCUCCUCUAAUUCCAAACUUAUAGACUCCACCGAGGAUGUGUUUGACUCAUGGGGAGAGACCUGUGACUUGCUUAUAAACCAGUGGAAAGAUGGGCAGGAAGAUCAUAUUACAACUCGGCUAUAAGUAAAGCUAUUAAACACCUGCUAUAGAACGUAGCUAAAUAUUUGUAAUUGUUUGCUAUCACCGAUGAUUCAGAGUCAGGAUUCCCUUUCGGUUCCUAGCAUCGGGUCUAGAACUCUAGUUAUGUUAGCCUGUUUUAUAGCCACCUUUACCACAUUUUUUUAUUUGCUUUUUUUACACUCACUGAUGCUGAACUAUUUACCAGUUUGGGCCAAUUUUAAGGAUGUUCAAUACUUAGCAGCAGAGGGCAGACUGAUGUUCCCUACCAAUUGCUAUGCUUAGCCUGUGUGCGCUUACUGUAAAUCCCAAGGUUCUUUUAUUGAUGCAGAUCGAAGCUUCAGCUCCCAUAAACCUCAGACGUUUUGGUGGCAGAGUAAAAGACCUGUACAGUUUCUUUCCUAAUCCAAACUAUCUGGUUGUUCACUGGAUGUCAGUCAGAUAUUACCCCCUGAUUCAAUGGGUGCAGGGAUUGGGUGGGAGACAGAAGAAGGAUCAUAGUGGGCCAGGCCUUUGAGGGUUGCUGCUCUUCCUGCUGGGAUGGGAGGUGGGGAGGAGAUCAGGAGUCAAAUGGGCCCGGGGAGGGGUCAGGAAUGGGGGAGGUCAAAGAGGGCCCAGGCCUAGGGGGCUGUUUCCGUCUCCAUGGGGACUAGGGGGCCUUUGCCCUGUAUGCAGUCUGAGGACUGGUCCAGCCUCUCCUUGAACUCCAGCCCGCUGCUGGUGGGAGCGGUAUCCCUGACCCAGUCACCUUGGGCGUCAUCCAAAGUGAGAUCUGGAUUUGGCCAGGGUGGGUGAGUCACUCCCUGUACUAUCAAUGGCAGGCACAAAAUCCGAAUGGUUCUGUGAACCUGUGGACCAGGUCACACCACCCCCGACUCAAAUUUGUCCCAUUCGCCCCUCCAUUACAAAGGACGAGCAGCAGGGCCAAACCUGAGAUGGGGGCCCUGAAAAACUGCACUCAGUGCAUCCCAGUUCAUCUGGGCCUGAUUUCCUUGAGUGCAGUUGAACCCAUGGACCCCUGCUCAAGCCACUCCUGCUGUAUGUUGCACAUUCUCCUCAAUUCACUGGUCCAUGGUACCAGCUAAUGAAAAGUAGCUUAACUGGAGACUAAGAGACAAACUGGUUUCCAGUUAUAACUGGCCUUUUUCUUUUUUAAGCAAUACAGCCUCUGAUUAUUUCAUUUGUGUGUGUUUUUAAGGUUGUACAUUAUAGUCUCAAUGUAAACUAUUUCUGAAAUGAGAGAAGUUUAUCAGCCAGUUACUAUCACCUGUUAAGUUAUGUGCUCUGCUUAUAGUUAUCUCAUUUUUCAAUUAUCGGCUACAUUUAUUUAGUAAUCCACUGGCCCUCUCAUUAGAAGUAGAGUUACGUACUCCUUUUACACUGAAAGAGAAAUUGACGGACUGGCAUAGUUAUAGGGCUCUGCAUAAAGAUGGGACUGAACCACAAUCGAGGAUCCAAACAUCCUUGCCUGUGUUUGAACUACAACCCGCCGUCUGAAUUUUACAAAUGGCUCCUUUGUCUUUGUAAUGGAUUGCACCAAAGCCCCACAUCUGAGCCACCCUGAAUCUCUUGCUGUUUGAAAUUCAGAUCUGAAUUUUGUGUCUUGAGCCCAUCUCUAGUGCUGCCUUACCUUUUUUGUUGUCUACAGAUUUUUCAGUCCUGGAUGGUACAAUGUUUUAGGCAGAAAACUGAUCUCCUGCUGUGCUAUCAAGCUCUAAGAAAGAACAUCUUCCUUGGUUUCAUUAAUUGCAUUCCUUAAAACCAGGCUAAGCAAUACCAGCUUGAACUUUGCCCAUGCAAUUUCUAUUCUAGAUGAACCAAAAUGGAACACGGCAGUAGCUAUCCCUUGUUAUUUGUUUCCAGUAGUGCCACCGUGUGCUAGGCACUGUAUAAGCAUAAAGGAUGGUACUGUCCCCGGCCCAAACAGCUUCACAGUCUUAAGGAGACACACAGACGAAGGGGAAGGGAUGUAAUACAACCUACAGUUGAUGAAGGUGGUGAUUCUGAUAACGCAGUGCUUGAUAACAGAACUUACUUGGUUGUUGCUGCUGAGAUAUGUAGACUAGCACCAAUCACCUCUCUCCCUUGCCAUUAUCAGUCAGUAGCUUUCUUAUAGGAAUCAUGGUGGAAGUAGACCUUCAGAAGGGUAUUAAGUGAUUUGCUUAAAUCAGGGCCUGAAUGUGCAGCGGGUAGUGGCUCAAGAAGGGUGCUCAGUAGAGCACAUGAGGCAGCAUGUAUUCUCCCCAGGAGAAAGACAGAUUAAGUGGCACCCAUGAUUUGAUGCACAGAUUUCCUUAAAAGAAAGCUACCCUGGUUAGCUCAGGGCAGUGAUCUUCAGGGUUCUGAUCCUAUGAGGUGUUAAGCUAGCUCAGUUCCUGCUGAAGGGAAUGGAAUUGAGACUUCCAGGAUCAGGUCCUAAGCGCACAUGGCUGUGGAUUGUGUUUGGAGAAGGAUUUACUGUAAUAACACUGGAAACGUCUGAGCCUGCUGUUGGGUGACACACAUUUUUUAUGAAAAGUGGCUGGAGCUCCAGGGACUCCCUGUUACUAGCUCCUUUCCUGUUUUAACAUUGGAAGAGGAGUUCAAACAUCAAAGCAUGACACAUUUUGCCUGAUUAUUAAAUACCAGUUUCUCUGCCAGUAGGAAAGCUGUUUUGGCAGAUGGUUCAUUUGGGCACCCAUAUGUUACAAAUGAGGUCACAUCUCAAUCCGGAGGAGCCGAAACCAAAAAUCUGAGCUCCUAGACCCAAGAGCUUUCAGGAAAUUACAGAUGUAGAUCUGAAAUUCGCAGCUAGCCUCUAUCGCUAUUAUGGGCCAAAACAAAACCUUGGGUCUCAGCACGCAAGCCUUCUGGAGAGUUUCAAUGCAACUCAGUCUGGACUUUGUGGCUCUAAGCCAGCUCUGGUUUUCAGCAAGAUGAGCCACUGGUGUAGAGGCCCUGAUUGCAAAUUCCAUUGGCCAUGCUACUUGAACCCUAUGCAAUAAUUCAGCCCUAAAUAUUUAAGCCUGUCCUGCAGUUUAGUCAAGUUGAAAAGUACUUUUCACCAUCAGCUCAACAGCUUUCAGGCUCUCAUGCUUACAAGGUGGUUUGAAUUAUCUUUGACCCUACAUUUUCUCUUCUUGUGAGGGGGAACAAAGCACUGACAUGGUAUUGCACAACGAAAAUGUGCAAAUUCCCAGGCUGAGAGGGAGGUUGCUGCUCAUUCAUUAACAAAUCCAGCCUCCCUUCAUACUCCUACCCUAAAGCCAGCUAUGCACCAGGAUGGUAUUCAGGGUGGAUUGAAGGGAAUAAUGAAAGGAGCAUCCCUACACCCCAGAACAAGCACCUUCUGAAAACUUACAAACCAAGCUGACCGAGCAUUUGUCUAGGAAUGCAAGCAUUUGAAAGAGCAGUUAGCUGGAGGCAGAGAUGUCUGAAAUCACUUCAUGCUUCACCUACCCACUUUGUAGUUUAUGAAUCUUACUCUGAAUGGGGCUGGCCAGCCAUAGUGCUGUUCCCUGGCUAGCAAGAAAGAAUAAAAAUCACUACUGGGAUGGCAAUGCAGAUUCUAUCAGCUGAGCUACAAUCAGGGUUCAUGGCUCUCUGAGUGUGAAAGGGGUUUUACUUCCAUCAGGACAGUGAGCACACUGCUAUUGGCCGUGAUUCCAGCCUGUUGUUCAACUGCAGCAUUCUUGUGUCAGCCAGUUCACACAUCAAACAAUCUGAUCUGAUGAAGUGAGCUGUAGCUCACGAAAGCUCAUGCUCAAAUAAAUUGGUUAGUCUCUAAGGUGCCACAAGUACUCCUUUUCUUUUUGCAAACAAUGCUAGUUACCACUCUGUAGCAGUGCAUAAACAGAAUGCAAUAGUGACUUCUGGCAACACAAACCCCAUCCGUGAAACCAGCAUUAGACCUUUUGCCUUGCUGUGCCUACAGAUAGGAACCGAUGCAUUUUAACAUAACAAGAGAGUGCUGUACACAAAGAUCUAUGGAAAAGUUACAUUGAGGGUGAGAGGUAUGUUGUGCCACCAUGGCCAGGUCUUCUGGGGAUUUGUUUUGUAGCUUAGGUAUUUUUCACUCCCUAACUGAGAGCUAAUUACAUCAAGCCUUUCAAUUGAACACAACUCUUUUAUUACAAAGAACCACCCUAUAUAAAGAAUAAAGCACCCUACUGGGCAUUUACAAAACUUUCACACUGCUCCUACCUGCCAGCCAAAGCAAAAGGCCCAGCUUCUCUUCAGUGAUGGCAGUAGGACCCCUUGGAGUUAGUUGUACUAAAGCCAGUUUUAAAAAGCCAACUACUUUUUAUGGUAAGUUUCCUGAGGAAAAAAUCUUUUCUUCAAUAAAAACCAAAAGUGAAAACUGGUAAAAGAAUGUUAUUUUCUUAUGAAAAAAUUGUUUUGGGUAAAAAAAAAUUUGAGUCAAAGAAGCCAAAACCAUUGACCAAAAUGAAGAUUUUUCCAUUUAAAAUUUUUGGUUUGGUUGAAAAGACAUUUUAGAGUUUAAACAUUCAUUGAAACAUUUUUCGUUCCCUAGAUUGCCCGUGGGUGUGGCUGAGAGUAAAAUUUAGAAUUUCCUUGGAAAGUUGUAGUAGGGGGUAGAUCUUUUUUCACGCAUCGGUUCUGCACUCACAGCUCUGGUUGGCCUUUAUUCUUUGUGUUUCAACACUAACGCUCAAUAUGUGCAAAGAAACUCAAAGUUAAGAAUAUUUACUUUAUUAUUUUCCCCCUUUUUUGAAGAUCUUUAGAUAUUGCUCCUAAAUUACACAUCUCCCAACUCUUCGAAGAGACACUCUCAAAAAGGAACCAAU